CCCCCGUGUUGGCGCGAGAUCCAAACGCUGGCGCGGCGGGGCCUGGCGGCGUCUUGCUUAGGCGGGCGAUCCGGGCCUGUGCCAGUGUCCCGGGCCUGUGCGGGUGUCCCGGGCCGCCUGGAGGCCAUGAGGCGCAGAGCCCCGGAGGAGAAGGAGGCCUGCGGCGUGUGGCUGGACGCGGCGGCGCUGAAGAGGCGGAAAAUGCAGACACAGUUAAUUACUUCAGGCACCAAACUGAUAACACUCUUUCCAGGAGAGAGAAAGGCCAAGCCUUCUUUUACUCAAAGAACUCCACCGACAGGCAUCCGACAAACCAGCAUUGCUUCUUUCUUCACCUUGCAACCAGGAAAGACAAAUGGUGACAAGAAGAGUGGUUUAUCUCCUAUAGGAAGUCAGACCAACAAAGAGUCUAAGAAAGAUGUAACCCAGCCAGGCCAUCUAGUUCAGAACACGGCAUCUCCUUUGGCCACUUCAACUCCUGUGGAUAUCCAGGAAGCUGGAUUCUCUCCUCAGUCCCUCAAAACUUUUGAUGACCUCAGAAUGGGAAGCCCGUUUUUGACUGUGCUGUAUCCUGAUACUUUAGUUUGUGCUGGGGAGAGUAAAGCUUGUUCUUUCAUCCAGAGUUUGGAAGAUUCUUGCUUGCUGGAUAAAAAAAGAGAUGAUGAUUCUUGGAAAAGGGAAAGGCUAAAUAGAUGUAAGAUACAGAACUGUCAGGAUGUGGAGAAAUAUACUAAACUUCCUAAGGAUAAGGACCCUCAGCCUUCGGACAGGACUAAACUGGAAUAUGUGUAUGCCAAAGAAAACAAGCAGACUUCUGUCCUCCUUCAAACAUGCAAGGGUUCCUGGAGUGGAGAAAAUACAGAAUUAGUGAAGCAAAACCCUUAUCCUGUUUCUGUGUUUUCCUGGGACAGUGAAAAGAAUGGCAGAGACUCAUGGAGUCAGCUUUUCACUGAGGACUCGCAGGGCCAGCAGGUGAUUGCCCACAAUAGUGCUAGAUCUCCUUUUCAAGAUGUAACCAACAACCAGAAUCAGGGCUUAGGACAGUAUCCUAACAGCCCAUGGGCAAAAUGCCAGUAUAGGUCCACUCAAUUAAGUCUGCAGUCAGAUGUGCUCUUUACCCAGGAUUCUGAAGGAAAUCAAGUCAUUAGACACUAAAUCUGAAUGUCUGAUAUUUUGGUUCUGAACGUAUCUUGAAAUGACUUCAAUAUAGGAAAAUGUUUUGGGGUAUGUUUGGGCGGGUAGGAAGCAUGGGGUGGAGCUGUUGGGAACUGUUGUAUAAUUGAGCAUUUUCUUUGUGGAAACAAAACAGUUGGUGCCAUUUGUGGUGAUAUGAUUCACAUCUUGCUUUUUCCUAAAGAACAGUUGGCUGGUAAAUUCCCUGAAUGAUCUCUAGUGAGCUUGGAGGCAGGGCAAUUGCUUUCCUUUCCACCAAAGAGCUCACAGAACCCUCUGCCCUUUCAGAUGCCUGAAUAGGACAUAGCUCCCCCCCCUUUUUCUUUUUUAGUUGCCAGGUUUAUUGCUGGGGCUUGGUAUCUACACAACUCCACUGUUCUUGUGAAGCUUCCUCCCUCAAGCUAGGGAUUGGGAGUCUGACCCUGGGUUGUUGUGCAUGGUAAUUCUGU